AUGGGUAAUGUUACAGAACAGAAUGCUAUGGAUCAAGUCCUUUCCGGCAUCCUGAGCAUGCAGAAGGAGCUCUCCCGCCUACACGUUCGCAUGGACAACCUUGAAUCGCAAAACGAAGCCACCGCCCGUCGUAACUCCUUCUACUCUCCCAUGACUCCCGGUUCCAUGUCUCCCUCCCUCAAAUCCCCCGGUAUCCUCCCUCGUCUCGGCCGUCGUUCCUCCUCCCCACCCAAAAACGGCCCACUCGAUCUCCUCCAUGCCCCACACCUCUCUAUGGGAGCUUCCGCCUACACACAACCCGCCCCACUUCUCGCCGAGGAACCCAGGCUCGGUCUCUGGGCAGUAGUCCCCGCCGGCGGUGCAGGUACACGUCUUUGGCCUCUCUCCCGUGAAUCGUAUCCCAAGUUCCUACUCGAUCUUACCGGAUCCGGUCGCACCCUCUUGCAGAGCACAUGGGACAGAUUGCUGCCACUGGCGGGUCAGGCACAGAUGAUGAUUGUUACGGGCCAAGCCCAUGUUUCGGGUGUAAGUGCGCAGUUGCCUGAGUUGGAACAGGCGAAUGUGUUGGCUGAGCCCAGUCCGAAGGAAAGUAUGGCAGCUAUUGGCUUGGCCGCUGCGGUACUAAUGCAGAGGGAUCCAGAAGCUGUCUUGGGUUCCUUUGCUGCCGAUCAUAUUAUUAGUGGUAGAGAUGCGUUUGAGAGUGCGGUGACCGAAGCUGUCGCGACUGCCAAGGCGGGUUACCUUGUUACUAUUGGUAUUGCACCCUCCCACCCCUCAACUGGGUUCGGUUAUAUCAAGUUGGGUGAGAAGCUCAGUGUUGCUCAAGCACCCAAUGCAAGGAGGGUUACCGAAUUCAAGGAGAAGCCAGAUGCCCGUACUGCCUCUGCGUACCUCAGCACCGGUGACUACAGGUGGAAUGGUGGUAUGUUUGUCGUCAAAGCCUCCGUCCUACUCUCUCUCCUCAAAGAAACCGUACCUGAGCUGCACGAUGGACUCACCCGCAUCGCAGCUGCUUGGGACAGCGACGCUCGAACCUCUGUCCUAAACGAAAUCUGGCCCACCCUCCCCAAAAUUGCUAUCGAUCACGCCGUAGCGGAACCAGCAUCCAAAGUCGGAAAAGUUGCUGUCGUCCCCGCAACUUUCGGUUGGGACGAUGUAGGAGAUUUCUCCUCUCUCGCUGACCUCAUUCCUGCCGAAGAAGGUGAACCUAGAAUUCUCGGUGAUUCCAGACUGGUGGUGACCGAGAGCCAGGCAGGAGGUCUCAUUAUCCCGGCAAGUGGUAGAACCAUUGCAUGCUUGGGUGUAGACGAUGUUGUAAUUGUCGACACUCCAGAUGCCCUAUUGAUUACUACUAGGGCUAGAAGUCAAGAUGUUAAGAAAAUCGUUGGUAGGACCAAGAAGGUUUAUCCUGAACUUUGCUAA